AUGCCUCUACCCGCAUCGUCACCAGCGCUCAUCUCCUUCCGGCGGCAGCACCUGCUUGUCGAGUUCUCCAGUCUGCGACAUGCCCAACUCGACGGCGUCUUCGUGAGCAUCACGCCAGGUGACCCCUCCUUGUGGGUUGGCGUCAUCUUUGUGCGAAAAGGGCCCUAUGCUCCCGCAGUGCUGCGUUUCCAGAUCUCAUUCCCACCCAACUAUCCGUCUUUGCCUCCCCUCGUGACCUUCUCAACCGAUGUCUUCCACCCGCUGCUCACGCCACUCACCACGUACACGUACACCACGGGAUCUUCGGACACGGAUACCGUGAGUGCAACCGAUGAAGAACGACUGCCUCCGGGUGGCUUCAGUCUCCGACACGGCUUCCCGCAGUGGUUCGGACGGGCACGGCGGUCCGCAGCAAGCUCCCGCAAUGUAAGCGGGUCGGGCCUAGGUACACCCGUCCAGAGUUACACGCCUGUACAGUCAGACGGUAGAGACGGUACACCAGCCCCGCUGGAUCUGACUGGUAUUGCUUCGAAACCUGUGUCUAUUGUUGGCGUACUAGACUACAUUCGUAGCACGUUCAGUGAUGAGCACGUACUUGACUCCGUCGCCUUAGAAGCAGCAGCAAACCCCAGCGCGUACCAUGCUUGGCGCGCGUAUCGCGCAUCUGCGCUGCAGACUCAGCAAUCGUCGCCUACGUCAACAACGGCAGAGUCUCAAGCAAGCUUUCAAGGUCGGGCAACGGAAGGUUCUACCCUUGUCAGGAAUCGCCGCCCAGGAGAGUGGAAUUGGGAGGGCGUAUGGGAGGAACGUGUGAGGAAAGCCGUCAAAGCCAGCCUUUCGGAGCCGGUCCUCUUUGGUGGAUCAGCAGGCGAAGAUAUUAUCCGCUUCCGCAACGGUGAGGAAGAGUCUGCGGCAAGGAUGCAGAAGGAGCUAGAGAUAUUCGUCUCAAGAACUGCGGAGAUAUAG